GUUUCAGUCCAUCGGAAGAGACAAUGGCGUCUCUUCUGGCGCUCUUUUUUAUACAAAUAUUCAUAUUCACCGUCACUUCAUUUGAUGUUGGAGCUAACUUUGAAGACUCAUUUUUUGAAAUCAACAUUGAUCGAAACAAUCCAGAGAAGUUGUACAAGGAAUUCGAGGAUUUCAUUGUAAAGUACAAAAGAAAUUAUAAAGACGAAAUUGAAAAGAAGUUUCGUUUCCAGCAAUUUGUGGCAACUCAUAAUAGAGUUGGAAAAAUGAACAAGGCUGCCAAAAAAGCUGGUCAUGAUACAAAAUAUGGAAUCAACAAGUUCAGUGACUUGAGCAAAAAAGAAAUCCACGGCAUGUACUCUAAAUUUGGGCCUCCCAAAAACAACACUAACGUUCCGAAGUUCAAUUUGAAAAACCUGCGUGUCAAGCGACAAAUGGAAGGUCUUCCAAAAACAUUUGAUUUGAGGAAUAAGAAAGUUGGUGGACACUACAUAAUUGGACCGAUUAAAACACAGGAUUCGUGUGCUUGUUGUUGGGGAUUUGCAGCAACCGCAGUAGCUGAAGCUGCUCUGACAGUGCACUUAAAGAAAGCAAUGAACCUUUCCGAACAAGAGGUAUGUGACUGUGCACCCAAACAUGGUCCAGGAUGCAAUGGAGGCGAUCCAGUUGAUGGUCUUGAAUAUAUUAAAGAAAUGGGAUUAACAGGCGGAAAGGAAUAUCCUUUUAAUGUUAAUCGAUCAACACAACUUGGUCGUUGCGAAUCAGAGAAAUAUGAUCGAGAACUGAACCCUUUGGAAUUAGAUUAUUAUGCAAUUGAUCCGUUCAAUGCUGAAUAUCAGAUGACUCAUCAUCUAUACCUUCUGAAUUUACCAAUUUCUGUGGCAUUUCGUACUGGAGCAAGUCUGUCUUCCUAUCUGAGUGGAAUUCUAGAGCUUGCUGAUUGUGAUGAUGAAAAGGGUGGACAUUGGCAUUCGGGUGCAAUUGUUGGUUAUGGUACAACAAAGAAUUCGGCGGGACGAACUGUUGACUACUGGAUAUUCAGAAACUCUUGGUGGACUGAUUGGGGAGAUGAUGGUUACGCAAGAAUUGUACGAGGAGAGGAUUGGUGUAGCAUUGAGUCACAUGGAUAUGGUGCAAGAAUCCCUGAAUAAAUUCCAGAUAUUCGAUAUGAGACGGUUAAUGAAUCUUUCAUGUUUA